AUAUUGUAAAGCAGAGAAAAACUAAUGUAAAUUUAUGGUUAGAAUUUAAAUAGAUUUGCAAGAGUUUCAGGAAAUAAUUUUAUUAGUUUGGAAAACGAGUUUCCACUAUUUUCCGCGGUCCUCUCAAUGUGCAGCUCCAAGAAUCUUGGCCUGAAAUAAGCAACCAGAAUGCGAGCUGGGUGUGUUAUCUGUGGGGACCUCUUCGUUUCUACAGAUGAUAUCAGUGCUACUCCAUGUGGUCACACAUUCCACUCUCUCUGCCUCAUCCAGUGGAUUGAAAGGUCCAAAUCUUGUCCUCAGUGUCGAAGUAAAGCUACAGAAAAGAGCCUGGUGAAACUUUAUUUUGAUACUGGUGGGACAGAUACAUCACAGGUGGACCCUGACACUUUGCAGAAUCAUAUUGAUGGCCUUAAGUUUCAGGUUAGACUUAAAGACCAGGAAAUAAAGAAUUUGAAAGACAGCAAUUCAACACUAACAAAGCAAACCAAAGGCCUCAGAGAGGAAUGUAAGAAAGUUGAAAGCCAGGUGCAGGUCAAAGAGACAACCAUUAUGGCUCUGAAGACCCAGCUACAGUUCAUGGACCGAAUCACUAAAGAGGCACAGAAAGCUAAGGAUGAGACCAAGAGUUUACGAGAACAUCUUAAAGUUCUUCAGAACGUGGAGAGUAUAGUGUCAGGAACCAGCGAAGAUGUGGAAGACAUGCUAAUGUCCUACACAGGCAACCCUGACAGCAUGAGAUCUUUGGCCACCUUUUGCUCCAUACUCAAAAAAGAGCUGAACAAGACUGUAGAUGAUAAGAAAAGACUAAGGGAUGAGGCAUCAUCACUACGAAGUAAGGCAAAAGAAGCGAGACAAAAUUACAAUGCUGCUGUAACAGAACUCAGUGUGUUGCAACUAGCAAACAAAAACCUUCAAGAUGAUGUUAAAUCUUUAGAAAGAGAAAAUGUCAGCUUGAAAAAGAAAAUAAAUGCUCUAGAACAAGCAAUAUCUUCACCAUCAGGUGACGUGAAGAACAGUGCCAUACAUCGUCUGAUAGCUGAAAGCCCUGCACCGGCAGAGUACAAGCGCCCUCAUAGCUCUAGCUGCGAUGGUGAUGAGGAUGAUGUUCUUGUUACUCCUGAGAUUGUACGUAAAGUGGCGCGUUCAGAAACUGCAGCCGAGUCAAAUGAUGAAGCAGCCAUUCAGUCUUCACAAUCAAGUCUAUCUGAUUCAUCACAGUUUAAUUUAAAGGUGAAUCUAUUUCCUGGGCGACGUCCACUUGUUAAGAUAUGUCAACCAACAAAUAGCCAGCACCACAAUAUCUUUGCAAAAAAUAAACCUUCACUUAAAGAUCUUGGCAUGAGUCCAAAGACAAGCAGUGGUCCACAUGUAGGGCUGAAUCAGAUGGGCUACGAUGGUCUGGGAGGUCACCACAAGGUGGACGAGUUUCCCAAGCCAAAGCAAGUUUUUCUUAAGAAGAAGACAGGAAUUAAAGUAGUAAACAAAGGUGGCUCAGGCAGUAUGGUUCAAAGCACUACCCUCAAAGACUUCUUUCAAAAUACAUUUGAUGAUUAAAGUUUAACAUAUACUGUAUAUAUACAUAUGUGUUUCUGCAUUUGAAAUAUGUAAUAGCUUUUGCAGUUGUCUUGAAUGCUAACAUUAAAUAGAGCUAAUGUCAUACAAUGUAUGUUAUGCCCUUAGAAGGAUGUCGACCUAUAUUCUGUAAAAAGAUUGAUGUAAGAAGUGAUAUAUUACUCUGCUAUUCCUGAUGUGUGUUGUCCCAGUAUGUGUUCUCAUUACUUAAUGUAUGGUGAUUAAUAUGUGAAAAUAAAUAGUCUCCUUGUAAA